UGCAUCACAACAUCCGGUUGAGAAACCAUGUGGAUUGCAUAUUUUUGUGGAUUUGACGGAUUGGCGAUUUUACGGAGAUUAAAGAAACAGUCUUACAACGAAACUGAUAAACAAGAUGAAUCAAUCUUAACUGAUUUACCUGAAUGUGUUAAAACUGCAGAUAAAGCAGUUGUCACGAAUAUUAAAGUAUUGACACCCGAGGAAAUUCUGGAACUAAAAAGUGAUUCAGAUAUUGUGCAAGCGUGCACUGCAACUUUAAAUGAGAUUGUUAUUACAGUACUGCAUGAUAAUGAAAAUACCAUAUUAUCAUCCCUGAAAGUUGAAAAGGAGAUGAAAAGACCUGAGAUUGUGAGCACAGUAAGGGACAAAAUUGUCACCGUCUUUGACAACAAGAGAGUUCACCACAGUCAUGACAAUUCCUUGACUGGCAAGUUAAUGAAUUCAGCAGAAAAUCAGGUUCUACACGCAGGUGGAACUGACAGCACAUUAUUUCUUGUUGAAGAGAAAAAGUUGAAGAUGAUCAAGGUUAUUCCAGAAAUAUCUCUGCCCAUAGAAAUCUGUGUGGACUUCUGUGUGUCUGAGAUAAGUUGUGGGAAGGAGCAUGCAUUGAUUCUGACCAACUCUGGAGAUGUGUACAGCUGUGGAGGAGGAAGUCGGGGUCAGCUUGGUUUGGGCCACGUUGAGACCAGGGAGCAGCCUUGUCUGGUGGAGGACCUGACCGGAGUCAGGAUGAAGUGUGUGGGGGCCGGGGGAUGGCACUCCAUGGCAAUAUCUGAGCUUGGUGACCUGUAUGUCUGGGGCUGGAAUGAGAGUGGUCAGCUCGGUCUCCCCUGUAGGAACAUCUCCACCCAGAGUCCCCCUGCCGAAGAGCGACACAGGUAUCAACUCGCCUCACCGGAGCCAGCAGACAAAGCCACAGGCACGUGGUUUACAUGCGUCCACUUGGAGAACACUGUGUCGGGCCAGUGCGAGGCCCACAUCCAGAGGGUGGGGCCCAUUCAGGUCCAGUCAGAGCCCACUAUCCUUGACUUUGGGGAAGAUGUGACCUUGGUGAAGGUCGCUGGUGGAGCCAGACACUCUGCUGUAGUGACAGGUGAGGGGCAUUUGUUGACCACGGGAUGGAAUGAUUACGGACAACUUUGUCACGAAGAUGUUCUCUCCAGGGACUAUUUUCAGUCGGUGGACUAUUUUCUCCAGCAUCGGCGGACAGUAAAAGGCGUGUUCUGUGGUCCCUGGAGCACAAUAGUUUUAUGUCAGAAUUGAGCUUGUUUUUAAAUUGCCAAAUUCAGGAUCUGGGACAGGAUACAUCGGGCAAGUAUUUCAAGCUUCUAUCUAUCUUAGGAAGAGUAGAUGCAGGGGCACCUGCUACUGAAUUGAUCAUUGAUUACUGAUUGAUUGGUGAUUGAUCAGUGAUCAGUGGUGUCUCUAUCUGUUGAGGUACCUCUUGUCAAUACUGUCAGGGCUUUUAAUAUUAUUGUUGAUGUUUAUAUUUCAUAUUUGAAUGAUUAGAUUUACACCAGCAGGAGUUAUUGGAAUAAGAUAUUGGAAUAAAAUCAAAUCAAUUUCAUCAUUUGUCCCAAACAAUUUUUUUUUGUGUCAAGACUUGACCUUGUGUAGUUUAGUUAUAGCGUGUUGUUUUGAAUGACCUUAACAAAAAAAUAAUCUUCCAUUCUUUAAAAUCAACAUGUUUCAUUGAUAUGUCUUUUUAAAAAUUAAAUAGAAUGAUAAAUUUCUUGUUUAUUUCAUACUGCUCUGUUCAAAUAAAAUGUAAAUGCAGUUGUUGUCUUUUGUGCGAUAAAACAUCGAUAGAAGUGCACAUAAGUUCAGUACAAAGUAGCUGUUUGAAUUCAGAUCGUAAGUGCACUUUAAUCAUAGAAAUAUCAACUGCCAUAAACUGUGAGAAGUUUGUUCAAGAAUUAAGUUACGUGUCGGAUAGAGUAUUAGACUCUUACUAUGAUGAAUGAGUGAUUGUUAUAUAACAAGAUGGCCGCCCUAUCGGGUUGGGAGACACGAACAAACGCACACAAUGGGCAUAAACCUCCACCCUUUCAAAUGACUCUGCAUGCACAAGAAGGAAUAAUGUUAUUUGCCGAACCAUCACUGUGAGUGAUUGCGUGCUUAAAGUGUCACGCUAUCUUGACCUAGGUAAAUCUAGAAUCAAGUGGAGAGUCAAGCUGUGAUUCCAAAAGUAAAGAUUUAUUUUUUUACGAGGACAUGUAUAGAUUUUUUUUCCGAGGGGUGGGGGGAAUAAAGUUUUGAGUUUCUGAAUUACUGCCGGACAACAAUAUGCGCGGAUCUAGAAAGGAUGGAGGAGAGGGGGUCCGGGCCCUAGAAAAUUAAAAUUUCUUAAAUUUACACAGUAAAAUUACCCGAAAAUAU